GCGAGAGUUUGAAGCUUGGAGAGAAACUUGUUGCUUUAAGACAGUUAAGUUCAUCUGGAAAGCAGGCUCGUAGAGAAGUCACAACGAUGGAGCAAACCGAGGUGGUGAAGCCAGAAACUCUGGAUGACCUGAUAAAAAUCCUGCAUAAGAUUUUCGAGAGUGACUGCAUCAAUGUUGAGGAGGUCCAAAAUAUAAUGGAAUCAUAUGAGAGCAAGCCUCAGGAGUGGAAGACAUAUGCAAAGUUUGACCAGUACAGGUACACAAGGAACUUGGUGGAUGAGGGGAAUGGGAAGUUCAAUCUCCUAAUUCUAUGCUGGGGUGAAGGUCAUGGCAGUAGCAUCCAUGAUCACACAGACUCCCACUGUUUCAUGAAGCUGCUGCAGGGUCAGCUGAAGGAGACGCUGUUUGAGUGGCCGGACAACAGAUCUCAAGGAGAGAUGGUCCAGAAGUCACAGAGAAUCCUCCAGGAAAACAAGGUUGCUUACAUAAAUGACUCCAUUGGCCUGCACCGUGUGGAAAAUGUCAGCCACACCGAGGGUGCGGUCAGUUUGCACUUGUACAGUCCCCCUUUCCAGACCUGCCAGACCUUUGACCAGCGGACGGGGCACCGGGACACUGUCAAGAUGACCUUCUGGAGCAAAUUUGGCGAGAGGACUCCAUUUGAAACCACACUCUCACAAGAGAACAACUAAAGGUCACCAAUGGAGGCUGCAAGUGAUGAAGAAGGUUGUAUUUAAAAUGACAAUGUUGUACUUGAUUCAAAAGAAAUUGCUGGGUAAGCAAAAUGUGGGCCUACUAUGAUUUAGCAACCCUUUUAAAAAAAUCAGGAGUGGUCAGGUUGAAAAGGACAGCGCAGUAAUUGGAAUGGCUUUAUCGCUGCCCACUGUGAGCUUGGCAAAUACUGACGAGCACAGGACAAAUGCAUGAAUAGGCACUGAAUCUGCCUUUUGUUUGCUGGGCUUGAGGAGGCCAUUUUCCAAUUCUAACAUUCUUGCCUAGCCAUGACCCAUGUAACCACACUUUUGUAAGGUUAUGGUCUGUAAUGGAACAGCUUUAGCAUUUAAAAAAGGGGAGGAAAUAUUAAUGUUAUAGUUUUAAAUAUAGUUCAGUUUUAUAUCUCAAGAAAAUGAAGCCAGUCCUGCGAUCAACAGUUUUUAUCCUCAGUGGAGCACCUUUAUAGCUGUAUUUACUGUUGACUUAUGCCACUCAAAAUUGCCUUAAUGCUUGUUGAAGAUUGUGAUGAAAUGUAACAUUGUUUGUACAGUCUGAUUAAAUGAGGUUUGUUGCAUUUGCGUUAGGAAAAUGAAAUGUAAAGCUUUAGGGUUGUGUUGUUUUUGAAACUGUGUUGCCUUGUAAUUUAUUUACAGAGUAUUCUGUUCUCCAGUGUUUAAACCUGCAAGCUACAGUAUCAUAUUGUUAUUCCUAAAUGUAUUCAUGGUUAAGUUCUGAUCAAAAGGGUCUUAGAGGGACUGUUUUUUAUUAUAGAAGACAGUAUGUUUAGAUAAAAAAAAAUGCAUUUUCUCUGGAUUUUUGCAUAUUAUAACUUUAGCUGUAUUUAUACAGUGUGUACUUUUACAGCAUAGCACUCUCAUAGCACUGUCCAAUGCAUGCAUGAUUUCUGUAAUGCAGUAAAUGAUAAAUGUCACCUUAAAUGUAGACCAAUAAACACAAUAAUCCUUUCACAGAA